ACCGGCCUUUUCUUAAUUUCGGACUUUCAGCUGAUAAUUGAUCAUCCUCCGUUCUGUGCAUUCUGGAUCUCAAGGUCUUCAAGGCUCUCAUGCUUCUACGAACUUCCUUGAUAUUCUUGGGUACAAUUGUAAUUAUCAUUGCACAUUUCCAAUUUCGCAGUCUUGGGCUCUAAAGCAGGUAAUUGUACAUCCAUCCAUCUAUCCUAAUACGACCGUUCAUGCACGCCAUGCGAAACACAAAGACGUUACUUUUCUAUCCGCGUGUACGCACAUUUCAUUCUCGCCAUUGCUGACGACUACCCUUCGCCGCAUUUAAGGCAACUGAUCUAUAGAUAAUGGAUCGCAUCGCAAUGGACAAUCCAACCGAGGAACUGAUCCACGUCAAAAAAGUAUGGGAUAAUAUGAAAGGGAACAGUCCCAUCUACGACUUCCUUCUCGCAGAUGUUGAAAUUGUAUCGGCUACAAAAGGUCUAGUUGUUUCCCGCUUGACUGUGGGAAGCAAUCAUGUCAAUUCUCGAGGUACUAUUCACGGCGCUGUGAGUGCAAGUUUGGUCGACUGGUCUGGGGGUCUUGCUAUAGCUUCACAUGGAUUGGAAAAGUCUGGCGCAAGCAUAGACAUUCACAUCAGUUAUAUUGGAACCGCUCAUGUCGGAGAUGUCUUGAAUAUUGAGGCAACCGCGUCAAAGGUUGGACGAUCAAUUGCCUUUACCACUAUUAGAAUCAGUAAGCUAGUCGAUGGCCAACCAGGACCUAUGGUAGCGACGGCAUCACAUACAAAAUACUUAACUGCCAAGUAAGGAGAGUGGGCAUAUGGUUAGUAGAAAGAAUGGUAGGAAAUGCGAAUGGUAGAACAUAGACAGAGGUCUCAGGGUAUAGAAUAUUAAUGCCGCCAUCUUCUUGAACAGUUAGAGGGUGACAUGGGAUACAAACACUAUGCAUGUUUGUUCCCUUUUGAAAAGUAUAAACGGAGCUUGUCUUAUUUUUAUUGAGAUUUUAGAUUUCAGAUCAUUACAUGAUGUUGUGUUGUGUGGUAAGUGUAGUUUGGAAGACCUGGUGGACUACAAAGCCGAGCAAAUU